GGAGGGAGCGGAGCAGAUGUACCAUCCUUCUCCAGUACAGCAACUAAAAUCCCAAUUCAGUGUGUUCCGAAAUGGUCAACUAAUUCUUGUCGAGCAAAACUUAUCAGGACAGCCUGACAAUCUUUUAAAUGAGACAAGAAAUCGAGGGAGAUGGCAAGCAAAAUUGAAUGGGAGUGCUAACAAUGGACUGGAGCAAAAGGUGUAAUAGAGGUUGCCCAAAAGGAUUUAUAUCAAGUUAGUGCUAUGUUCUAAUCAUCGCAAGCUGCCUCCUGCAGAAAAGCUGUGCUAUAUUGUGUGGCAGAUGCAGGGAGCAAAGGUUCCCAAGUCUUUGCUGAGCUCCUGCAAGGCCCGGAACUUCUCAAGUGCUGCAUAAAAGAGUCCCUAGAACUGGCAGUCAAAGAACAGGCAAGGCUAUUGGGUAGUCUAGUUAACCUAACUUCUGCAGCGCAGCAGGCUUCACCUGUCGUGACAUCUAGCAACCCAUAUAGGCACGUGUGGCUCAAGGAAAGCAUCUAUUUGAUUUCUCAGUUCCAAUCCCUGAGCCGCUGAGGGAGAUGGACCCUCCUGUUUUAGUAUUAAACCACCUAGCCAGAGACAAAUUCAUAACCUAGCAGGUGUCUGGAGAGAAGUCCAUCAGGUCAGAACAAGAAGCCUUGUCUCUGGAGUUGCCUUGUCACAAAUUACUUUGCUAGAGAAGUGUUCGUGUUUCGCCAAUAUUCUUACAUCACAGGUGCGUUUUUUUCAUUGGAUCUGUUAUAUUGCAUGUGACAAUUAAGUGAAUCCUAUCGUUCCUUCCACCAUCUUGUAUCUAGAUUAAAUUGUUUCUGAAAAUGUAACUGUUUUCUUGGCUUUCUGAUACUCAGUGGAAAAAACUUUACUUUUUUUAUAUAUUAAAAUAAAACUAGGCCUAGCAUUAGUUCUAUUUCCUUCAAAGUUGCUGGCAUUGUUAAUGGUGUCACCUGUGAUGAACAUAACUUUCACUGACUGGUUCAAGUGGUUGUUGUUAAAAGGUUAGCAGCAGCACAUUUGCGGCUUUAUGCUUUCCCAUAAAAAUGCAUGCUUGGGCUUUGUGGUGAUGGGUGCAGUAUGCAGUCCUGAAAUGUCUGCUGAAAGAUCUUACAAUGAGUGGUGUUUAGAGAGACGUAUUUCUUUGGCCCGGUGACAGGACUGUUCACUUCAGUGAAGAUUCAUCUCCAUUUAAGAGAUGCCGCCUUAGCAUCUUGUUAAUAGCAAAUACUCUCUCAUUUGCUCUCUUGUGCAGAAGCUCUGAUGGCAGAGGGUUAAAAUGUGCCUUCCCAAAUGUUGAAUUGAGAGCCCAGAGACUGAAGUCUAUGGGACUUGACUGGCAUAGAGUCCAUGGACCAAUGUCGUCACACACUGGAGCAGCACAACUGGAACAUAGAGGCAGCUGUACAGGACCGACUGAACGAGCAAGAAGGUGUGCCGAGUGUCUUUAAUCCACCUCCGUCUCGGCCGUUGCAAGUCAAUACAGCCGACCACAGGAUCUACAGCUAUGUUGUAUCAAGGCCACAGCCAAGGGGUCUGUUAGGAUGGGGUUACUACUUGAUAAUGCUUCCAUUCCGAUUUACCUAUUACACGUUACUUGACAUAUUUAGGUUUGCUCUGCGUUUUAUACGCCCUGAUCCUCGUAGUCGGGUCACUGACCCAGUGGGUGACAUUAUUUCGUUUAUUCAUAUGUUUGAGGAAAAAUAUGGGAGGAUACACCCUGUCUUCUACCAGGGAACUUACAGCCAGGCACUGAACGAUGCGAAGCGGGAGCUGCGCUUCCUGUUGGUUUAUCUUCACGGAGAUGACCACCAAGAUACUGAUGAAUUCUGCCGCAAUACGCUGUGCGUACCUGAGGUGAUCACCCUCAUAAACACUAGGAUGCUCUUUUGGGCUUGUUCAACCAAUAAACCAGAGGGAUACAGAGUCUCCCAGGCUCUGCGAGAGAACACAUACCCAUUCCUGGCUGUGAUUAUGCUGAAAGAUCGCAGAAUGACGGUAGUUGGGCGACUAGAAGGCCUCAUCCAGGCUGAUGACCUCAUUAAUCAACUGACGUUCAUCAUGGAUGCCAAUCAGACUUACCUGGUGUCUGAGCGCCUGGAAAGGGAAGAGAGGAACCAAACCCAGGUUCUGAGGCAGCAGCAGGAUGAGGCAUAUCUGGCAUCCUUGCGUGCAGACCAGGAAAAGGAGCGCAAGAAGAAGGAAGAACGGGAGAGGAAGAAGAAGAAGGAAGAGGAAGUGCAGCAGCAGAAACUAGCAGAGGAGAGACGGCGACAGACGCUGCAGGAGGAGAAGGAGCGGAAGUCUGAAUGCCUUCCUCCUGAGCCGCAUCCUGAUGACCCUGAGAGCGUUAAGAUCAUUUUCAAGCUGCCUAAUGAUUCCAGAGUGGAGCGGCGAUUCCACUUCACACAGUCAUUGACGGUGAUCCAUGACUUCUUGUUCUCCUUGAAAGAGAGCCCUGAAAAGUUCCAGAUUGAGGCCAACUUUCCUCGCCGUGUCCUGCCCUGCCUCCCUACAGAGGAGUGGCCCAACCCACCCACGCUGCAGGAGGCCGGACUCAGCCACACGGAAGUCCUCUUUGUGCAGGACCUUACGGACGAUUGACGCUUUUCCAGAAUACACAAAUGGAAAGAAAUUCAUAUUAUUAUAAUACGAUAUUUUUUUUAAGACUGCAUAAAAACGAGGGAUCAGAGACCAUGUCGCCUGUGCCAGCCGUGCUAUGUGUGUGCACUGGCGAGAGGAAGUGUGUGCACGUCCUCACACACCCGUGCACACAGCCAUCCCCUAUACUUGGAGGGCAGAGAGGGAGGGGAGCUGGUGUUGCCCCUCCACCCUCCCCGGGGAGGAACAGGAAUGGCAGCUCUCGGUAAAUAUUGCUUUUAUUGACAAUAAUAAUAAAACUCCGACAACCUGACAUCUUGUGAAGAUUUGAUACUCUGCUGCUCCUGAGAGUCAGCCAGAAGACUGGGCACCUGAAUGUGCUGGGAGUGGGGCAGGGGGGAGGGCUGGACAGAAUUUCUUCAGCUUCCCUCUAUGUAUAAAUACAUUUCUUUUAAUAUUUCUCUUGCUUUGUAAUGACCAAAGGAGAAGGGGGUUGACUAUAUAGUAUUAAUUUUUUUGAUAAAGAGCUGGUUCAAUUCUUACCCGUGUGGGAUCUUGCCCAGGGUUCUUAGCCUGCGUAGUGUAAUAAACUCUGCCUCUAGCA